AUGACGGGUCAAGGGUACAAGGAGACGGUGCAGCCGCCGGUCCCGGCAGUGCUCAAGCGGUCCAUGUUCGCACCCCACGGCGCUCAGCUGCGGCCACAGUACGAGCAGGAGGACGAGUGGCACGAGUUUCUGGAGAAGACAGACACCUCGAAGGUUCAUGACUUUGGCAGAUACUGGUGGACCUACGGGCGGGACAGGGACGAUGACGGAGCCCUGCGCGAAGCUGUUUUUUUGGAGGUGCCUCUGAGAAGAGAUGUGGAGGCGCGCCAGAUCCGCGCCCACCUGAGCAUGAGGCAGCUGAAGCUGGUUGUGCAUGGAGACACGAUCCUGGAGGAGGAUUUUGAAGACUCUAAGUGGCUGAAUGUCAGCGAGUCCUACUGGGAGAUUGAGGUGAAGGAAGUGAAGAAAGUGCGACGAAAGGUUUUGAGGUACGUUCUUUACAUCCUCAUGGAGUGUCCCAAGUACAUCACCCAAUAUCUCUUCGAGUCUGAGAAGACGGAGGACGACGGAAGGUACGUCGACGAGGAGGAUGUAGAAGAAGACAACAUCGACGACCGCCUUCGGAUGAUCGCGAAGAUGAAGGAGCCCGAGCCGUACCGAGAUGCGGACAUCUGGUUCAGCGAGACGGAAGAAGAAGAGGAGAGAUGGUGCGACGGCUGCGGAUCCACGCGCGUGGUGGUGAUGAAGAAGCACACCGAC